CCCCGCAGCCGGCCUGGCCGACCCGCCCGCCUGGCCGGGCACCAGGGGAAUGUGGCGGGGGGUGAAGCGAGCGGCUAAAUUUGCGCCUGCAGCCCGAAAAGCCAUCUUAAGUGUCAGAGGCGGGAGGCACUGGGUGACGGGCUCUGUCUGCCGCUGGCCGGGCUGAAGACCAGCCAUGUCCCACCGCAAGUUCUCUGCUCCCAGGCACGGCCACCUGGGCUUCCUCCCGCACAAGAGGAGCCGCCGCCACCGCGGGAAGGUGAAGGCCUGGCCCAAGGAUGAUCCCAGCAAACCAGUCCACCUGACAGCUUUCCUGGGCUACAAAGCUGGCAUGACACACACUGUGCGGGAGGUGCACAGGCCUGGGCUCAAGGUCUCCAAAAGGGAGGAGGUGGAGGCCGUGACCAUCAUUGAGACCCCCCCGAUGGUGGUGGUGGGAGUUGUGGGGUACGUAGAAACACCCAAGGGCUUGAGGAAUUUCAAGACUGUUUUUGCUGAGCACAUCAGCGACGAGUGUCGCCGGCGCUUCUACAAGAACUGGCACAAGAGCAAGAAGAAGGCCUUCACCAAGUACUGCAAGAAGUGGCAGGAUGAGGAUGGCAAAAGGCAGCUGGAGAAGGACUUUGCCAUGAUGAAGAAGUACUGCAAGGUCAUCCGUGUCAUUGCACACACGCAGAUGAAGCUGCUCCCGCUGCGGCAGAAGAAAGCCCACGUGAUGGAGAUCCAGCUGAAUGGUGGGACAGUGGCUGAAAAGAUUGACUGGGUCCGUGAGAGGCUGGAGAAGCAGGUCUCUGUGCACAAUGUCUUCAGCCAAAAUGAGAUGAUCGAUGUCAUUGGCGUGACCAAGGGGCAUGGGAUGAAAGGGGUGACAAGCCGCUGGCACACCAAGAAGCUCCCCAGGAAGACACACAAGGGCCUGCGCAAAGUUGCCUGCAUCGGCGCCUGGCACCCGUCCCGGGUUGGCUACUCCAUUGCCCGGGCUGGCCAGAAGGGCUAUCACCACCGCACCGAGCUCAACAAGAAGAUUUACCGCAUCGGGCAUGGGAUCCACGUGCAGGAUGGGAAGGUGGUGAGGAACAACGCCUCGACGCACUACGACGUGACGGAGAAGACCAUCACACCUCUGGGUGGCUUUCCUCACUAUGGGGAGGUCAACAACGACUUCCUCAUGCUGAAGGGCUGUGUGAUGGGCACCAAGAAGCGUGUGCUCACCCUGCGCAAGUCCCUCCUGGUGCACACAAGUCGCCGGUCUCAGGAAGUCAUUGAGCUCAAAUUCAUUGACACCACUUCCAAGUUUGGCCACGGCCGCUUCCAGACAGCUCAGGAGAAGAGGGCCUUCAUGGGCCCCCAGAAGAAACAUUUGGUGAAAGAGAAGCCAGGAGUGCAGGAAGAGCUGUAAGGGCUGAUAUGCAAGGGUUCCUACCUGGGCACCUUCAAUAAAAGCCUUCAAGCUGUG